GCGAUCGGUUCGAAUCAGACGGACAGGGAGAGAGAUAGGGAGAGCGCGAGGAAAAGGCGCAGGAAAAAAGCAGGGAUGAAGGAUGUAACCGUCUCCUUUUGGAAGCAUGUGAAGAGAGAGAGAGAGAGAGAGAGAGAGAGCCAAAUUAAGAGUCACGCCUUUGGCACCAGCUGCCAUCCCUGCUAACGCGACGACCUAUCUGCAGAUUUUCACAGAGAGAGAGAGAGAGAGAGGGAGAGAACGAGAGUAUUUUGAGUACGGAACGAAUAUCUCAAUCUUCUGCAACAUAUCUGCAGCAGCAGCUUUCUGGCGAAGAACUUGAAUAAAGCUUUCAUAGUCUCUCUGUGGAUCAUUGUACAUGCAGAUUCCGAAGGUAGCAUAUGUACAGCCUUUCUUCACUUCCAAUUUCUUUUGCCGUAGCUGCGUUUCUUACUUUAAUUUCCUCUCUAUACAAGGGAUACAAUUGGAGGGAAUUGUUUACGCUGAUCGAUCCCAAGAACUCUUCGUUUUAUUCAGAAUCCUUCGCCUGAGGUUCAAAGGUGAAAUUCUGUUGAACAAAGAAGUGUAUCAUUCGGUAACUUGGUGCGCAGAAUAAACAUGUCAUCUUCAAAAUGGAAGUAUUCUCACCUUCAUGCCAGCAUCUUCUUGUGCUUCUUGCAACUUUCUUGCUCAGACACAAUUUAUUCUGGUGACAUUAAGUCAUUAGUUGCUCUUAGAGACUCUCUUGUGCGAAAAAAAGAUAUUAUUCCAAGUUGGUUUGAUGCAAAUAUUUCCCCAUGCAACUGGACUGGCAUAAAAUGUGAGGGGCCCAUAGUUCACCAAAUACAUGUACCUUGUACAUCAUUCCCCUUGGAUGUUCCCUUUGCUAACCAAUUUGGAGAGUUUAGGCAUCUGAAGCAUCUUAAUCUCAGCUAUUGUGCCCUCAGUGGCCAUGUUUCUGCAAAUCUUUGGAGCCUCCAUGAUUUAGAGACCCUUGACUUGAGCCAUAACAGAUUGUCUGGACUGCUGCCCCCAACAGUGUCUAACCUUAGAAAUCUAAGACAACUUGUGCUUGAUGAUAAUAGUUUCUCUGGUAGUUUACCACCAACAAUUGGUCAACUCAAAGAACUCUUUGAACUCUCAGUCCAUGCAAACUCAUUUUCCGGAGAUCUUCCAGCUGAAAUAGGAAAUCUACAACACUUGCAGUCCCUUGACCUUAGUGCAAAUUUCUUCUCUGGGUACCUGCCUUCAAGUGUUGGUAAUCUUACUGGGCUGCUCUACAUUGAUGCAAGUGAGAACAGAUUUACAGGACCACUAUUGCCUGAAAUUGGAAAUUUGGGUAUGCUUAGAGUUCUUGAUUUGUCAUGGAACUCAUUGACUGGAAACAUGCCCGAGGAAGUAGGAAAUUUGACCAGCUUAACUACAUUGAAUGUGGGAAACAAUAACCUCAAUGGAGCAAUACCAGUAACAAUUGGCAGGCUGAGAGACCUAAAUAUCCUUAAUAUCCAGGGUUGCAGAUUUACUGGAAACCUGCCAGAAGAGAUCUCCAAGCUUACCGGCUUGACUUACUUGAAUAUAGCACAGAAUAAUUUUGAGGGAGAACUUCCAUUGAGCUUCGGCAAGCUGUCAAAUUUAGUUAACCUACUAGCUGCUAAUUCGGGUCUGAGUGGACCAAUUCCAGAGGAACUAGGAAACUGCAAGAAACUCAAGAUUCUGAAUCUGUCCUUCAAUUCAUUAUAUGGUCUAUUACCUGAUACUCUUGCUGGCCUUGAAUCCAUGCACUCACUUAUACUCGACUCCAAUAACCUAGCGGGUCCAGUGCCUGAUUGGCUUUCCAACUGGAAGCAGGUAGAGGCCAUACUGUUAUCAAAGAACCACUUCAAUGGGUCUCUACCUCCUCUUAAUCUGCCGUUGUUGGCUGUACUUGAUAUCAACUCCAACAUGCUGUCUGGUGAAUUGCCUGCAGAAAUAUGCAGUGCCAGGUCAUUGGCCAUUUUGUUUCUCUCAGGUAACCGCUUUACUGGUACCAUAGACAACACAUUCCAGAAUUGUUUGAAUCUUACAGAUCUGGUGUUGUCCGGAAAUGAUCUGUUUGGUGAGAUACCACCCUAUCUUGGGGAGCUUCAGCUGGUUACUUUGGAACUGUCAAAAAACAAAUUCUCUGGGAGAAUUCCUGAUCAACUAUGGCAUUCAAAAACACUUAUGGAGAUUUCACUCAGUGACAAUCUACUUGAAGGUCAGAUACCUGGUGAUAUUGCUAAAGUUUCUUCACUGCGGAGGUUGCAAUUGGAAAAUAAUCUAUUUGAUGGAAACAUUCCAAGUUCCAUUGGUGAACUGAAAAAUCUGACAAAUCUGUCCCUACAUGGUAACAAGUUGACAGGAAGGAUCCCCCUCCAACUGUUUGAGUGUACAAAAUUGGUGUCUCUGGACAUUGGUGGAAACAAGCUUACUGGUCCUAUUCCAAGAUCCAUAUCCCAGUUGAAACUUCUUGACAACCUUGUGUUAUCAAACAACCACUUCUCCGGUCCAAUACCUGAGGAGAUCUGCUCCGCAUUUCAGAAAGUGCCCCUACCGGACUCUGAGUUUACCCAGCACUACGGCAUGCUUGAUUUGUCCAAUAAUGAGUUUGUUGGGCCUAUUCCAGCGUCAAUUAAGCAGUGUAUUGUUGUGACAGAACUAUUACUACAGCAAAACAAGCUCAAUGGGAGCAUUCCUGACGAGAUCUCAGGUCUGGCUAACUUGACAUUGCUUGAUCUGUCUUUCAAUGAUUUAACAGGGCCAGCUAUUCCCCAGUUAUACUCAAUGAGAAACCUUCAGGGGCUCAUACUUUCACACAAUCGGCUAACUGGCUUGAUUCCUGAUAAUCUAGUUGCUCUAAUCCCAAGCUUAGCCAAGCUUGACCUGUCAAAUAAUUGGUUGACAGGUCCAUUGCCUUCUUCAGUUUUUGGUAUCAAGAGUCUUUCCUACCUAGACAUCAGUUCAAAUUCAUUCUCGGGACCCAUCUCCUUUGAUUUUGGAAGCACAAGCUCUCUUUUGGUCCUUAAUGCAAGUAACAACCUUUUUUCUGGUAUGCUUGGCGACUCUCUGUCUAAUCUGACCACCCUGUCCAUAUUAGACAUUCACAACAAUUCAAUCACUGGCAUGGUGCCUCCUUCACUCUCUAAUCUUGAUGCCUUGACAUAUAUAGACUUCUCCAGCAACAAUUUUCGAGGAUCUGUGCCUUGCAAUAUAUGUGAUAUAGCAGGCCUCGCUUUUAUCAAUUUCAAUGGCAACAGAUUCACCGGCUAUGUGCCGGAGAGUUGCACCGAGGUCAAACACUGCAUACCAAACCAACCGAAUUUGUCUUCCACUCAGGGAUACCCGCCUCCAUCCUUUCUUAGCCGUGCUUCUGUUUGGGGUAUUGCUCUUAGUGCCAUAUUCAUUUCCCUGCUGCUGCUUCUUGUUUGUCUUCUCAGAUGGAGUAAAUUGAGACAAGAAGUUUUAAUCCUUGACAAGGGAAAGGGUAAGCUUGUUGCAGAAAUUGAGCUAGAGUCCACUGACGAACUUCUUGGUAAAAAACUCAAGGAGCCACUAAGCAUCAAUAUUGCAACUUUUGAGCAAUCCCUACUGCGGAUAGACCCUGCAGAUAUCGUGUCAGCAACAGAAAAUUUCAGCAAGACAUACAUCAUUGGCGAUGGCGGGUUUGGCACAGUGUAUAAAGCCUCACUCCCAGGAGGUAGAUCCAUAGCAGUCAAAAGGCUCAAUGGAGAACACUUGCAUGCUGACCGUGAAUUCUUGGCCGAGAUGGAGACGCUUGGAAAGGUCAGGCACGAAAAUUUGGUUUCACUUCUUGGCUAUUGUGUCUUUGCAGAGGACAGGUUUUUGAUAUAUGAAUACAUGGAGAAUGGCAGCCUCGAUAUGUGGUUGAGGAACCGGGCAGACGCAGUCGAGACACUUGACUGGCCGACAAGGUUCGAGAUCUGUCUAGGUUCAGCCCGGGGGCUCGCCUUUCUGCAUCAUGGCUUCGUUCCCCACAUCAUUCACCGAGACAUCAAGUCCAGCAACAUACUGCUGAGUAGCAAGUUUGAACCCCGAGUAUCAGACUUUGGCCUCGCAAGGAUCAUCAGCGCAUGUGAGAGCCAUGUUAGUACUCUGCUGGCAGGCACCUUUGGCUACAUUCCUCCCGAGUAUGGCCAGACCAUGGUGGCGACAACCAAGGGCGAUGUCUACAGCUUCGGAGUGGUGAUGCUCGAGCUCGUGACAGGGAGGCCGCCAACCGGCCAGGCUGAUGGUGAAGGCGGCAAUCUUGUUGGAUGGGUGAGGUGGAUGACUGCAAAGGGCCGGGAGGAAGAGUUGGUGGAUUCAUGCCUCUCUGGUUUCAAAAUGUGGAAAGAUCAAAUGCUGGGUGUUCUUGAAGUUGCGAGAGUGUGCACUCGUGAUGAGCCAUGGGUGCGGCCUACUAUGGUUGAAGUGGUCAAUCUGUUGGUGGAUCUUGAGAUGAAAUCUGCCUGUUGUGGUAAGUGUUAAAAAUUGAGGUAAUCUAACCAAUAUAUUGGCAUGUUUGACCUUUAAGAUGAUAGCAUGUAAAUGUGAAAUGUAGUGCUGAAGCAAGAAAUUAGUGUGAAAUUAGUGAUGUCUCAAUUUUAACCGUACGCA